AUGUCUGGAUUUCAAAUUCCAGGCCUAGGGCAGGCAAAGCCCAACGAGACACUGCCGCCAUUGCCAGCAGACAUGCUCGCCGCAGCAGCCAGCGUUGGCGCAACGGAGUCACCGUCAAAGUCUGCCGAAGGAAGCGGUACAAACCAACCCGACGAGACGCACACCGAGAAUAACACGACCAACAACGGAGUCGCAAGCCAAGCGCCGCAAGACAUGGAUGCCAUGGCAAUCGAUCAACCCGGAAGCCCACCCUCACUAACCGGCGCCCUCGAAGCGGCCAUCGGCGGCCUCAGCAGCACGACCAAUGCGCCGGAACAAACCCAACCACAACUCACCGAACCCGCUCUCCAAAACGAUCAAAGCGAGCACCCCGAAUGGGAAAUGGAUUCAUCACCAUACGAGUCAUCCUCAGAAUCAAGCACAGACUCAUCCAACGAAGACUCCGACAACGAGGGCUACGAACUCCUCGGUGUCGAAGAAACCGCCCGGCUCCUCAUGGAAGCAGAAGGCGGAUCAGACGACGAGAACGACCGAGGAAAGGGCUCCAGCGCAGCUCAACUGCGCACCAAGAACGAAAUCGCGGAAGAAAUCAUCCCCAAGCCAGACGUCACCAUCACAGAGGAAAUGAAAAUCGAGGAACUAGGCGCCAUUGAGAACAUCGUAGAGAACAUCAUGCUCAUAAAGGCCAUCACCCCCGGCGAAUACCAAGUUCUCGACACGGGAUCCGUUCUCUGCACCGCCGACCGCGUAGUCAUUGGCGCGGUGGCCGAAACCAUCGGCAAGGUCUUACAGCCCAUGUACACGCUGUACUUUUCCUCAGAGCAAGAGAUCAAAGAUCUGGGCUUGAAAGUCGGCACAAAGAUCUUCUACCCGGUCGACCACGCAUCGUAUGUCUUCACAGAGCCGCUCAAGAAUAUGAAGGGCUCGGACGCGAGUAACCUGCACGAUGAGGAAGUCGGCGAUGACGAGAUGGAGUUUUCAGAUGAUGAGAAGGAGGCAGAGUACAAGAGAGCUCUGAAGCAAAAGAAGAAGGAUAAAUGGAAGAGCAAGAACGAAGGAAAACCAGGCAGUGGAAUCAAGGAGCCUCAUCCAUUGAGCCAGGAAGUGUCUGCAGACGGCGGAUUGAAUUACGACGACGACGGCCCAUACAAACCGUUAACUCGACCUCCUGGGUUCGGUACCGGCCCUGUAUCCAAUGAGUCGUACGAACCAGCACCUCGAUCUGGCUUCAGACGAGGUCGUGGUGGAGAACCCAGAGGCCGAGGAGGUCGAGGAAGGGGGUCAGGCAGAGGAGGCGCCCGAGGCGGAUACAACAGUCCAUCCAGAGAUGGCUAUUCCCUGCCCCCUCAAGGCACUCAGCAAUACCCUCAACAGCAACCUACACAGUCCUCUGCGCAACAAGCAGCCGCUCCGCCAGCAAUGCCCAACUUCGGCUUUCAAUUUCCUGGCUGGCCGCAACCACCAGCGGCUCAGGGGCAACAUUCCGUGCCACCUCCACCACCUCCUCCAGGCUGGCCAGCUCAAGGACAGGGUCAAAGCCAAGCAGGUGCCUCAAACGCAUUUGUCAACCCUGCAUUUGUAGCAGCCCUGAUGAGCCAGAUGCAGCAACAAAAUGGCCAGCAAGCCUGGGGAGGUCAGCAGCAGCAGUCGCCCUACGGCGGCCAAGGACAAUGA